UUUUUUUUUUCAUUUAACUCUCGCUGAUUCGGAUGGUGCCGAAAGCUAAAUUGAGCUGCUGCUGCUGCUGGAGUUGGAGUCCUGCUUGGGCUGUGCAGGUUGAUUCUGGAAUCGGAGCCACACUGGUUUCUCUGAAUUCGUCUCCGCAUUGCUCCCAGCGAUGUCGCGCCAUUCCUCGCCUCGUCGGGAGACUGCGGCGGGAAUUGGUGCUCGCCGACGGACAUUUUGUCGGAGCGUGCAUCCUUGAUUGCGCUGCAAAAUUUCGCAAGGGUUUUAGGUUUCAGCGAACAGCCUAGAUGGGGUGGGUUGUAGUCGCGGUCGCUUAGUCCCCACAGUUGGCCUCGUUGAUUGUUGUUCAAUCUCAUAAUGUGUCGGUAGGGUUUUGGGAUUUCGGAACCUUAUCUUUGUGUAGACGUUUCUGGCACUGUUUCGAGAGUCAAGCAUAUGCCCUUGGCGAUGCGACUUAGGCAAUGAGCGAGGCGUUGGAAUCAGAUCGAUCAUCUAGGUUGAUUUUCUGUUCCUUACUGCAUUCGAAUCUAUGCGUCUCCGGAGGUCCUGUCUAGAUAGAUUGUCUGGAUUUUACUGUUGCCGACUUCAGAUUUGGAGUGUCUGAAGCAGCGAGAGCAAUUUGAAUUCGGAAAGGGUAAUUGGAUGAGAGUUGAAGGCAUAAUGCAUCCCCAUUACCGCAAGGGAAGUGCUCCAUUGGGAGGCACCGAGCUGGGGCGUGAGAUUCUUAUGCAGCUGGGAACGUUGCAGCUGUAUGGGAUGGAUCCCCAGCUAACCCCCUUGGAGAGAGGACUAGUAAAAUAUUCCCUGCGCAUGGACAAGGCGGGCUUGAUGGAGGCGCACAUGAGGUUUCUGAAGCAGUUCGGGGAGCUGGAGCGGGACUGGCAGCUGACGAAAGAGGCGGCGGCGAUGAUGACGACGUCUAAAGGGGUUGCCAUGGAGAAGGAGCGUCCUCCUGUUCGAAAGAAAGCUGUGGAGGGGAUGCGCGCCAUUCAUCUAGUUGAUCUUGCCGUUGGCAAACGGAAUCAUGGGCGUGUGCUCUACGCAACCAUAUGCGCAGACACAUUUUUUUUGAGUUUGAUUCAGACAUUGGUGGAGGAUGACGAGGGGCUUGCUGCGAGGGUUAUGAUUGACGACGCUACUCUAGAUGGGUCGGCGUCGUGGGCUAAAGUUCAGAGACGGUACCCUAGAGGCGCCAAAAUAGCAAUUAAGGCGCCAUUCUUGUCAGACUUGCCGGAUGAAUCAAUUGCACUCUAUGUCACUAGUGAGGAGGAUCUCGUAGUGUUGUCAGAUAGUUCGCCAUCUACAGUUGAGUUCGAUUCCUAUGGGAUCAUGGAUGCAGCAACGCUGCGAACGGAAGGAAACCGGUUAUUUGCAAAGCAGGAUUGGCCAGGAGCAAUAGGUUUUUACACUAAAUGCAUCCAAAAAGCUAUGAGUACAAAUCAACGGAAGCCAAAUGCGAAAAACAGGAAGAAAGGGCAUAGUGAAAAUGGGGCGACAAGCAAUGGGAAGGUGUCUACUGAGACAGUGGUGCUAGCGUAUUCAAAUCGAGCAGCUGCUUGGAUGAAGUUGUGCCACUAUGAGAGAGCUCUUGUGGAUGCUGAAGAAGCUCUGCACCUGGAUCCCCAACACUUGAAGAGCAUUUAUCGCAAAGGAUGUGCGCUCCGUCAUAUGCAGCAGUUUCAGCGGGCGAGCGAAUGCUUCGCUAUGGCAUUAGAAUACUCGCCAGAGAAGGAAAUCAGACAGGCACAUAACAGGAGUAAAACAUACGAUUCGCAAAGUCGUUUAGGUGUGUAUGAGAUUCACAAUCACCUACUGGGGGAUGCCGAUGAUGUAUCUAAUUUGCCGGAGUUUAGUGAUUUUGUAGGACCUGUUGAAAUUAAAUUGAUGGAAGGUAAAGGCAGGCGAGGGCUGUUUGUCACGCGAGACGUGGAAGUAGGGGACUUACUACUCGUGAGUAAUGCGCUUGCAGUGGUCAACGCUGAAGGCAGAAAGAUAGUCACAUCGUCGGGGCGAUCUAAUGCUUGUCUAAGGGAUGAGUUGGUAUACAAACUUUCCAAUCUUGUAUUAAAAUCGUCAAGAUGGCUGCAGCAACUGUGCUGUCUAGCGGAUUGCGAUUGCCAUGGGAAUGGAAAAGUGCCUUCGUUGGAGUUAUUCCGGCCUAAUAGCAAGUGGAACUCGUGUAAGGAUGAUGUGCCCCUGGUUCGCAUGAAAGGAGUGGUGUUGCAAAAUGCGCUGGAUGAGUCAGGAUCCUGCACCAGAGGACUAGCUGCGGGUCAGCAGCCGCCAGCGCGGCAGUUUUUGGGAUUGUGGCCUCUUGCAUCGUUCAUCAAUCAUUCCUGUGCUUCCAACUCAUUUCGCCUUCAUGUUGGGGAUACCUUAUUCUUACAUGCCUCACGUCCUAUUGAAGCCGGGGAAGAGGUAACGCUGGCGUAUGUUAAUACCCUUCUUCCAAGGCAGAUGCGGCAGGAACUCCUUGACCAAAAUAGCUGGGAAUUUAAGUGUAAUUGCUCGAGGUGCUUGUUGGAAGCAAAGUUGAGCGCCCCACUAAAGCAGGUAAGCAAGCGCUUUCAAUCUUUGUGGGGCUACAAGGAAUCUGUCACACCAGGGCAAUCGGAAUCCUUCAAAAUGGCGAAACUUGCCCUCAAACUUGAACAUAUCCUCAAGAAUAUUGGUCUGUAUUUAUAUGAAGUACAGCUGAUACGCGCUUCAUUCUUUAUCAUGUACUGGAUUGGUUAUCUCAAUCUGGACCGGCUUGGUGACUUAGCCAUAAAAUUGCCUCUCCCUGAAAAUCUUAUUGAUGCAAUGACAGCUGCUGCUCCUGGUGAUGGAAUGUCGUUAUACUUUGCCUGUUACUGGCUCAAGAAAUUUAAAGAAGAGGGGGCAAGUGUUGCAGUCAUCAAUGAUGCACAUAAGCGAGCUAUGCGUAUUUGUAGAUGUAUAUAUGGCAAACAGGAGUCUGAAAUUCUGAAACGCUUAGUAAAAGCUCAUGAUUCGGCCCCUAACUAGUAACUUGGGUAGUAGUUUACAUGCGCGCUAAAUCUAAUUAAAUCUAAUUCAUCUUAUCUUGGGGGAACAGUAUCUUUCAAACUACCUGCAACGUAGAGAUAUGAGGUGAUUGAUUCAUUCGCGUGGCUGUUAAUAUUCGGUUCUCCAGGUUAAUCACUUUUCGCAUGCCCGAAAUUCAGAGCGCGCACUUUUUCGCUAUUUAUGUCUGAUGCGGAUGAGACCUACCCUGGAAAUAGUACAGUGAACGUUGGACAACCCAUCAGUUCUAUGUACCAAUCUGAUUGGAACUUUCGAUUUGUGGGAGCAAAUGUGGAGAGAGGGCAGGUCUGUCCUAAAAAUUCCAUAGCAUGUAACCUCAGCAUGAUGAGAUUCAGUGAAAAAGUUCCACCAAUUUUAUUAA